AUGCAGACUCUUAAGUGCGUGGUAGUAGGAGACGGUGCCGUGGGAAAGACGUGUUUGCUGAUUUCGUACACUACAAACCAGUUUCCAGCAGACUACGUGCCCACAGUAUUCGACAAUUAUGCGGUGACGGUAAUGAUCGGCGACGAGCCCUACACGCUGGGGCUUUUCGACACUGCAGGCCAGGAAGAUUACGACCGUUUGAGACCUCUUUCGUAUCCUUCCACUGACGUAUUCCUGGUGUGUUUCAGCGUGAUUUCGCCACCAUCGUUCGAAAACGUGAAAGAGAAGUGGUUCCCCGAAGUGCACCACCAUUGUCCCGGCGUGCCUUGUCUGAUUGUGGGAACACAGGUAGACUUGAGAGACGACAAAGUUAUUAUCGAAAAGCUGCAGAGACAGCGCUUGCGGCCUAUAUUGCCCGAACAGGGAGAGAGACUGGCGCGCGAGCUCAGGGCCAUCAAGUAUGUGGAGUGUUCGGCGUUGACUCAGCGGGGACUGAAGAAUGUGUUUGACGAGGCGAUCGUUGCGGCGCUGGAGCCUCCCGUGAUCAAAAAGAGCAAAAAGUGUACUGUUUUAUAA